GCUGCAGGGCGGGCGCGCCGCGCGGCGGGGCAGGUCUAGCAGGGGCGCGCGGGGCAGUGGGGCGCAGCAGGCCCGCCAGAGGCGCGCCGGGAGCUGAGGGAGCGCUGGCGUGUGCCCGCAGGCAGCCCGGCGCUGGGGACGGCGGCCGCGGGGACGGCGUGCUCCUGGACACCGCUAGCCUCAGGAUGAGCGACCUGGACUCGGAGGUGCUGCCCUUGCCGCCGCGGUACCGCUUCCGGGACUUGCUGCUAGGCGACCAGUACUUCCAGAACGACGACAGGGUCCAGGUGGAGUUCUACGUCAACGAGAACACCUUCAAGGAGCGGCUCAAGCUGUUCUUCAUCAAAAACCAAAGAUCCAGCCUGAGGAUCCGGCUGUUCAACUUCUCCCUGAAGCUGCUCACCUGCCUGCUGUACAUCGUGCGCGUCCUGCUGGACGACCCGGCGCUGGGCAUCGGAUGCUGGGGCUGCCCGAAGCAGAAGUAUACCUUCAAUGAGUCGUCCUCCGAGAUCAACUGGGCGCCGAUCCUGUGGGUGGAGAGGAAGCUGGCCCUCUGGGAGAUCCAGGUCAUCGUGGCUAUAAUCAGCUUCCUGGAGACCAUGCUGCUCAUUUACCUCAGCUACAAAGGCAACAUCUGGGAUCAGAUCUUCCAAGUGUCCUUCGUCCUGGAGAUGAUCACCACGCUGCCCUUCAUCAUCACGAUCUUCUGGGCGCCGCUGCGCAACCUGUUCAUCCCCGUGUUCCUCAACUGCUGGCUGGCCAAGCACGCGCUGGAGAACAUGAUCAACGACUUCCACCGCGCCAUGCUGCGGACGCAGUCGGCCAUGUUCAACCAGGUCCUGAUCCUCUUCUGCACCCUGCUCUGCCUGCUCUUCACGGGGACCUGCGGCAUCCAGCACCUGGAGCGCGCGGGCGAGAACCUGUCCCUGCUCACGUCCUUCUACUUCUGCAUCGUCACCUUCUCCACCGUGGGCUACGGCGACGUGACGCCCAAGAUCUGGCCGUCCCAGCUGCUCGUGGUGAUCAUGAUCUGCGUGGCCCUCGUGGUGCUCCCGCUGCAGUUCGAGGAGCUGGUGUACCUGUGGAUGGAGCGGCAGAAGUCGGGGGGCAACUACAGCCGCCACCGGGCCCAGACGGAGAAGCACGUGAUCCUGUGCGUCAGCUCCCUCAAGAUCGACCUGCUCAUGGACUUCCUGAACGAGUUCUACGCCCACCCCCGGCUGCAGGACUAUUACGUGGUCAUCCUGUGCCCUACCGAGAUGGACAUCCAGGUCCGCAGGGUCCUGCAGAUACCCCUGUGGUCCCAGCGGGUCAUCUACCUCCAGGGCUCCGCGCUCAAGGACCAGGACCUCAUGCGAGCCAAGAUGGACAACGGGGAGGCCUGCUUCAUCCUCAGCAGCCGCAAUGAGGUGGACCGCACGGCGGCGGACCACCAGACCAUCCUGCGAGCCUGGGCCGUGAAGGACUUUGCCCCCAACUGCCCCCUCUACGUGCAGAUCCUCAAGCCUGAGAACAAGUUUCACGUCAAGUUCGCAGACCAUGUGGUGUGUGAGGAGGAGUGCAAGUACGCCCUGCUGGCCCUGAACUGCAUCUGCCCGGCCACGUCCACCCUCAUCACGCUGCUGGUGCACACGUCCCGUGGCCAGGAAGGCCAGGAGUCCCCGGAGCAGUGGCAACGCAUGUACGGGCGCUGCUCGGGCAACGAGGUGUACCACGUGCGCAUGGGCGACAGCAAGUUCUUCCGCGAGUACCAGGGCAAGAGCUUCACCUACGCCGCUUUCCACGCGCACAAGAAGUACGGCGUGUGCCUCAUCGGGCUGAAGCGGGAGGACAACAAGAGCAUCCUGCUGAACCCCGGGCCGCGGCACACGCUGGCGGCCUCCGACACCUGCUUCUACAUCAACAUCACCAAGGAGGAGAACUCGGCCUUAACCUUCAAGCAGGAGGAGACGCGGCGGCGGCGGCGGCGCCUCACGGGGCCGGGCCGGGGCCGGGGCUCCUCCCACUUGCCAGUGCACAGCAUCAUUGCCUCCGUGGGGACGGUGGCCAUAGACCUCCAGAACACAGAGUGCCCGCCGGCCCAGGGCAGCGAGGGCAGCAAGCUGGCGCUGCCCACGGAGAACGGCUCGGGCAGCCGGCGGCCCAGCAUCGCGCCGGUCCUGGAGCUGGCGGCGGACAGCUCGGCCCUGCUGCCCUGCGACCUGCUGAGCGACCAGUCGGAGGACGAGAUGACGCCCUCGGAGGACGAGGGGCUGUCCGCGGUGGAGUACGUGAAGGGCUACCCCCCCAACUCACCCUACAUCGGCAGCUCCCCCACGCUGUGCCACCUGCUGCCCGUGAAGGCCCCCUUCUGCUGCCUGCGGCUGGACAAGGGCUGCAAGCACAACAGCUUCGAGGAUGCCAAGGCCUACGGCUUCAAGAACAAGCUCAUCAUCGUCUCAGCCGAGACGGCGGGGAACGGGCUGUACAACUUCAUCGUGCCGCUGCGGGCCUACUACCGGUCCCGCAGGGAGCUCAACCCCAUCGUCCUGCUGCUGGACAACAAGCCCGACCCCCACUUCCUGGAGGCCAUCUGCUGCUUCCCCAUGGUCUACUACAUGGAGGGCUCCGUGGACAACCUGGACAGCCUGCUGCAGUGCGGCAUCAUCUACGCGGACCUGGUGGUGGUGGACAAGGAAAGCACCAUGAGCGCCAAGGAGGACUACAUGGCUGACGCCAAGACCAUCGUCAACGUGCAGACCAUGUUCCGGCUCUUCCCCAGCCUCAGCAUCACCACGGAGCUCACCCACCCUUCCAACAUGCGGUUCAUGCAGUUCCGUGCCAAGGACAGCUACUCUCUGGCUCUCUCCAAACUGGAGAAGAGGGAGCGUGAGAACGGCUCCAACCUGGCCUUCAUGUUCCGCCUGCCCUUUGCCGCCGGCCGCGUCUUCAGCAUCAGCAUGUUGGACACGCUGCUGUACCAGUCCUUCGUGAAGGACUACAUGAUCUCCAUCACCAGGCUGCUGCUGGGGCUGGACACCACGCCGGGCUCCGGCUACCUGUGUGCUAUGAAGAUCACCGAGAACGACCUGUGGAUCGGCACCUACGGCCGCCUCUUCCAGAAGCUGUGCUCCUCCAGCGCCGAGAUCCCCAUCGGCAUCUACCGGACCCAGAGCCACGUCUUCGCCACCUCAGAGCCGCACGACCUCCGGGUCCAGUCCCAGAUCUCGGUGAGCGCGGACGCCUGUGAGGACACGCGGGAAGUGAAGGGGCCCUGGGGCGCGCGGGCAGGGACCAGCAGCGGCGGCGGCGGCAGCAUGCACGGCCGGCACUCGGUUGGCGGCGACCCGGCCGAGCACCCCCUGCUGCGGCGCAAGAGCCUGCAGUGGGCCCACAAGCUGAGCCGCAAAGCCCCAGCACACGGGAAGGCGGCGGCCGAGUGGAUCAGCCAGCAGCGGCUCAGCCUGUGCCAGCGCUCCGAGCGGCAGGAGCUGUCGGAGCUGGUCAAGAACCGCAUGAAGCCUGGGCUGCCCACCACCGGCUACGAUGAGAUGAACGACCACCAGAACACCCUGUCCUACGUCCUCGUCAACCCCCCGCCCGACACCAGGCUGGAGCCCCACGACAUCGUGUAUCUCAUCCGCUGUGACCCUCUGGCCCACGUGGCCAGCAGCUCCCCGAGCCGCAAGAGCAGCUGCAGCCACAAGCUGUCCUCCUGCAACCCCGAGACGCGCGGCGAGACGCAGCUGUGAGCCGCCCCCCGGGGCCGCCCGGCCGGCCGGCCUGCGGCGCGAUGCAUGAGCACGCAGGGACCUGCCCCCAGCCCGCUGCCGCCGGCGGCUGCUCCCAGACGUGACCGGGAGAGGAGACGUUGCACGCGCAAGGGGGAGGCUGUAGCA